AUGCACAAGUACAACGACCUGAAAGCUCAAGCCGUGGCGGCGGCGGCUCGCGAUGCGAUGAUCCGCAAGCGUGAAGAAGCACGUCGUAUGGAGCUCGAGGCACUUAGUGUCAAGCAUGCGAAGGAGGUUUACGAGGUCGAGCAGAAGCAUGACGACAUCAUCGCAGCACUGCAGCAGGAACUCGACAGGGGCCCCGAGGCCUUGAUUGAGCUCCAUGAGAUGGCCAUGAGCGCCCUCGCUGAAGCUAUGAGCGGCGAUCCGGUCAUCGAAAGACAGGCACCGACAAGUGGGAAGCGUGACCGAGCCAAGGUGGACGAGGAAGGGGCGAGCCAGCCUCAUUAUGGCAAGAGCGGCCUGUCGAACGACACCAACAAGAAUACCGAAACCAGCAAGACUGAUUCAACACCCGCCAAGAAACGCCAAAGACGUGCAGGCGAUGCCGACUCCAACGAUAUGUCGUUCUGUCGUCAACUCCUGGACAAGAUCACAGGUCCACGGUACCGCAACAUCGCAAGCGUCUUCCUGGAGCCAGUCAAUCCCAUCGAACUCGACAUCCCGACGUAUUUCAAAGUCAUCGAGCAUUCGAUGGAUCUCUCCACGAUUGGUUUCAAGCUGAGCAAUGGGGAUUAUCACAGCCCCAGAGCCUUCAAAGUCGACCUUGAUCUCAUGGUUCAGAAUAGUCUCCUGUUUAACCCACGCAGCCACCCGGUUCACGGAAUGGGCAUGGAUCUGUCGAAUGUGGUGGACUUCAUGUGGUCGACAGGUACUACUCCAGAUGAGGUGGAGGGUGUUGAGUGCGUGCAUGUUGAGAAGAUCGUCAAACAUAGGUUUGACAGAAGUGGUGAGCUAUCGUGUCUGGUCAAGUGGCUUGGCUACGAUGAUCAAGAGGAUCAGACCUGGGAGCCAGUACGCAAUUUGGGGAAUUCGAAAGAGUUACGGAUGUACUUCAAAAAGAUUGGCGGAGUGCCUGCGCCUAACACCGAGCGCGAUAAGAAGUAG